GCCGAACAUAACCGAAGAUCUCCUUCCGGUUUCCAAAGAUAACUCUGCGAAGGAUGUAAGAAAAAUUGGCGACAGGAGAAGAAUUUGGAGGUAUGCAUCAGUAGACUACCCACUAUGCCAAGUUCACGGAGUUCAGGGAGAACUCGAAGUCGGGAGUCGACAUCAAGAAGAAGUCGCUCAAGCAACCGAUCACGCAGUCGUCAUAGCGAUGGCCAGAGUCGCAGUCGACGCCAUUCACACUGUAAUUUCAAACAGCGUGAACGGAACUUUGCUGGAGCCGUUUGUAACAUGAUAACUAUUGUGAUUCUGUGUGUGGCCUUGGCGGAACCCAAAUGGGUGUCUAUCUACAAUGGACUCUGUAGCCUCAUCCAGAGACCGCGGGGAGGAUUGCACUUCCUGGGAGCGUUUCAGUUCUUCUAUAGUGGACAUUUUAUAGCGCCGGGCACAUAUCCAGAUGAAGGUUCUAGUGUUUUAUAUCAGUAUGGGCCCAGCAUGCUAGAUGUAAUGGCCAACUGUGUGACCACAAAGGCAGUGAUGGUGUUCAAGUGGGUGAUAGCUGCCUCCUGUGUCGCAGUCAUUUGUAGCCUCAUCGCCUUCCUGCUGGAUUUGACUGGGCCCACGCAGAGGACCUUCCGCAUGUUACAUCGCAAUGCCAUCUUCAGCAUUCUCACAGUUGUGAUCUGUGUGAUUGUGAACAUCCUGUGCUAUUUCAUCACGACACAAGUACAGCAGCUUCAAGGGGACAACAAGAAAGUAGAGGUGUCCUUUGAUGUCAGUUUCUACCUUAUCUCGGCAGCAGGAAGUGUGUCCGUGUUUGCUGUGGCCUGCAACUGCCUGCGCCGAUACCCUCUCCACGAGGAGCCCCGCCCUCAGCCGUACUUGCUGGACGACUGCGACGACCUGCACUCUCUACUGUCUCCCUACAGUCACGACGUUUCCUUCAUAGGGCAACUGCCGCCACCCCCAGCCUACUCCCCCAAUGUCCCCUCUACAACCCCAACUGCAACAACAUCUAACACAUCUGCAACCACCUCCACCCCUGGCCCAGCUCCUGCUAGUGUGGUUGCUUGAAAAGCUCAACAGUGUAUGUGUAUUGGUCAGGCCUCCACUAUCCCAAUCCCCACUCCCUCACAGAACCAACCUUGACACCACCCCAACCUCUACAUUGCCGCUGUCCCUCCCAUCUUCCCAAGUCAAGGGAGUUAACUGACUUUAAAAGUCCAGAUUCCACCCUUGCUGAACUAAGCUGGAAUUAUGGAGUUAUAUUUUGGCUGGACUAAAGGGUUUAUGCAUAGUCCAAUCAAAAUAGCGUAACGAAAUCAACAUCCAGUUCGUAAACUGCUGUGUAGAUUUCAGUCAAUUGCAGGAUUUGCGAAGGAUGUGUACCACCAGCUCAGCGUCAGCAGAUAUUUUCCAAAUCUUUUCAUGUUUUUGAUCAAGGUGCACAAAUGAUCUGAUGCACUUCACGAGGUAAGACCCAUUAUAUAUAAUAAAGAUCUUGAUUAUCGAUCAGAUCUGAACU